GGUAUGAAAUGGAAUGAUUGGUACGGUCAUCGAUACCAAAUCCAUUAUUCCAAAGCCUUUUGGAUUCUCAAGUUCAGGGAACCACAGAGGAUGAUGGAAGGGAUGGUUCUGAAGUCCCCAUCCUUCCAUUCCCAAUUUCACUUCCAAUUCAUGAACCCUAAUCGUUGCAUUUCUUGUUUUUCUUCCACCCUUCGUGCUUCCUCUUCUCCUCUUCUCCGCUUCCGUAAUCCCAGACUUCCCUCUCACUUCUCAGUUUCUGCUUCUGCUUCCACCGCCAAGGAAACCGACAGCUUGCAUCUCAACUCUCUUUCGCUUGGCCACACAACUCGCCCUGAUUUCCCCAUCCUUCAUCAGGAAGUAAAUGGCUCCAAGCUUGUCUACUUAGACAACGCUGCCACUUCUCAGAAACCAAUUUCUGUUUUAAAUGCUUUGCAGAAUUAUUAUCAGGCUUACAACUCAAAUGUUCAUCGUGGCAUACACUUUUUGAGUGCGAAAGCAACUGAUGAGUAUGAGCGGGCAAGGAAGAAAGUUGCGUCCUUUAUCAAUGCUGGAGAUGCUAAAGAGAUCGUUUUUACCAGGAAUGCAACUGAAGCUAUCAAUCUAGUCGCUUAUUCUUGGGGCCUAGCGAAUCUGAAAUCGGGAGAUGAGAUCAUACUUACGGUUGCUGAACAUCAUAGUGCCAUUGUUCCUUGGCAACUUGUAGCUGAAAGGACUGGUGCUGUUCUGAAGUUUGUAAAUUUAGGUGAACAUGAUGUCCCAAACUUGAAAGACUUAAAGGAAAUGUUUUCAACAAAAACGAAGCUUGUGGUUACCCAUCAUGUCUCAAAUGUACUAGCUUCUGUUCUUCCAAUUGGAGAAAUAGUUGGCUUGGCACAUCGUUUUGGGGCAAAAGUGCUUGUAGAUGCAUGCCAGAGUGUUCCGCAUAUGGUUGUUGACGUCCAGGCGCUUGAUGCUGACUUUCUUGUUGCUUCUUCUCACAAGAUGUGUGGGCCUACAGGCAUCGGAUUCUUGUAUGGAAAGAUCGAUCUGCUGUCUGCAAUGCCUCCAUUCUUAGGUGGUGGAGAGAUGAUCUCAGAUGUAUUUCUGGACCAUUCUACAUUUGCACAACCUCCUUCCAGAUUUGAAGCUGGGACACCGGCAAUUGGAGAAGCAAUUGGUUUGGGAGCUGCUAUUGAUUAUUUAUCCGGGAUCGGAAUGCAAAAAAUUCAUAGUUAUGAAGAAGAAUUGGCGAAUUAUCUAUAUGAAAAUCUUCGUGCGGUCCCUAACAUUCGGAUAUAUGGCCCAGCUCCCACAGCACAUGUUCAACGUGCCGCGCUGUGUUCUUUCAAUAUUGGAGACAUUCAUCCAACGGACAUUGCAACAUUUCUCGAUCAACAGCAUGGUGUAGCCAUCAGAUCGGGACAUCACUGUGCGCAGCCCCUCCAUCGGGCUCUCGGUGUCAGCUCAAGUGCUCGAGUUAGCCUUUACUUCUACAACACAAAAGAGGAUGUGGACUACUUUAUCCAGGCUCUAAACGACACCGUAAGUUUCUUCGACUCUUUCAAGUAAAGAGAUCCAGUAAUACUGAACUCCUUUGUUCGACAUUCCACAGCUCGAACUUAAUAGACCGCAAGGAUUAUGAUAUGUUUUUCGCUUUGAAGAAGAUUCUCUGUGUCAUCUUCAGCGUCACAUUUACUAUCAAAUCCUUGUGCAUAUAGUUUCCUUGUAAGACCAUAGAAUUCUCAUAGUUUCUUAGACUUUAGUGUAUUUAUAAAUUAUUUGAUUAAGCAAUGGGUUUCAUGGACUACAUUUUCUCUCCAUAGUUAUUGAUGGUCGACACUUA